UCAUAAUGGCCAAGUCUACUGUAAAACAAUUUCCUAUUCAUAGGGGAGAAGAAUUAUGAAAUAUCUGUCAUGAAAGUAAAAAAAAAAACUUUAAUGAAUGGUAGAACAUAGUUUUUCAGUAUUUAGAGUGUAGUGACUAUUUGUCCGUUCUAUGUUACUUCUAUGGAAUAUUGCAUCGCUAUCUGUAGAAUGCUCUGAUGUUACUGCCUUCUGCUGGAGCGGCACUACCCGUGCUGUGAUGGCGAGGAAACCCCGUUGACAAGGCACUGCUUUUUCAUGACGGAAAUUAAAGGUGGUGGUUAAUGAAUGAUUCCAUGCUCGCUGUCAGAAAGCUGUGUCAUGGAUGAUGAGGACGAUCGCCGUCUUCUGGAUAUUAUAGGGGAUGUGCAGGCGUUGAAUGACUACCUACACGGCUCCACCAACAAGUCUAUUGAGGAGGAUGACGUGACGAACGCAGCUUACGGCUCUGCCGGAACCUUCUUCACCAGUAACACUGCUGGCUCUAACUCCGGCCUCAAAGAUGAAGAGUUUGAGGAUUCAGCAGGGGUGGGCCUACAGCUUUCCAGUAGCCUAUCGUUCAUUGAGGAUGAGCUGGGGGGAGAAGCUUCUCCAGGAGGAAUGGAUCUUGGCGGAGGAGAGGACCAGCCCUUUGACAUCCUGCAGAAGUCUCUCAUGGAGGCAGACAUCACUGAACAGACUCUGGAACAAGAGGCCAUGCUAGACUCCCAACCACCUCCCCCUCCUCUCCCCUCGGCCGCCUCCCCAUUCCCCCCCCAGCUGGUCUCGGGGGGGUACGGCAGCGGGGUCACCACAUCGACAGCAUCGUUUCCCAGUGGUCAGUUCCUCCAGGGCGUGUCCCAGCUGCCUAACGGCCAGGCAGGGGGGCACAUCCAGGUGUUGGGGUCCUUUGGUGGGGGAGGGGUCCAACAGAUCCUCCUCCGGCAGGGUGGUGGGGUAGGGGGGGCGGUGGGGGGAGUAGCAGCAGGGGGGCAGGUGUUUGCCACCCCCUCCCCAGUGGGCCAGGUGAACCAGGUGGACUUGCCCUUUAAAAACAUCCCCCUGCAGAAUAUCAUCAUCCAGAGAGGACCUGGGGGCGCCCAGGCCCUGGUCAGACCUAUCCAGCCCAAACCCCUUCAAGCUGGGGCUCAGACAGUCUAUAGCCUGGGACUCCAGACCACAACCACCACCAUGGUUAAUACCGCGGCCCAGGGACACUACACAGCUAACGGCUCCAUCCUGGUCCACUCUCCCUUGGGGCAGCAGAACCAGGGACAGCAAGGCCAGGCCAACCUGCCCCCAGGGCAGUACCUGGUCCACCACAAUGGCCCCUCAGACCCAUCCCAAUCAACCCUGCUUGCCAAUCAGAACACAGUACAGCUCGUCGCCGGGCAGAACUUCACGGCGACGGCGGGAGGUCAGCUGAUCCAGGUGGGAGGCAGCCAGGUGGGAGUAGGAGGAGCCAUGACCCAAACAUGGCAGAGUUUUCCUGGUACGAACCCUGCCCCAGUCCAGGCGGCAUCAAACCAGGGGCGUCUGACGCUGGUUGGAACGGCGACUGGGGUUCGAGGGCAGGUGUCGGGCAGCCCAGUGCAGCGCCUCGUACUGUCUCAGACUCAGAACAGCAGCUCCCUCUCCCCCCUGUCUCUCUCUGGUACUGCCUCACAGGAACAGGAGUACACACAGGACAAGCAUGCUCAGACACAGCUCGUCAACCUCCUUGGAAACAAAGCUGUGAAAACAAUGACCUACAUCAGCCAAGACGCCCCGCUAAACACACAGGUCAGCGCUCAGAAGAGGCCGGCCCCUCAGCAGCUCACCAGAGGAGGAAUGAUGCUACAGCAGUUGAGGAUGGAUCAUUCGGGGGUUCUGUCACCUGAAAUCGCCCGCUUCACCUCAUUGGAUGACGCACUGCACAGACUCCUCCCCUACCACGUGUUCCAUGGAGCUCCGCCCAACAGGGAAGAGUUUUCCCAAGUGGAUGAUGAGUUUGAGUCGAUGGCGACUCAGGUAUUGAAGAGGACCCAGGUCAUGAUCAACAAAUACAGACGACUGCUGAUGGUGGAGGCUGAACGCUCCAGUCCCUCCUCAGAGAUGGUGAUGAUUGACAGGACCUUCAACCAAGAGGAGCGCCAGAACCUGACACAAGACAAACGUAUGAUACUGGUGGACCCAGAUGGCUUCUUGGAAGAGUUCUGCUGUGGGGUGAAGACAUCUCCCGUCUCUCUACCCUGCCUCCCCUUGGACCCUCUCUCCUCCCCCUCGUCCAGCCACGGCGGUAAACAGACAGGGAGGGGGGCGACCACAGACCCCCCUUACAGGACAGACCCCCAGUCGGGCUAUGGAGACCCGGGGGGAGGAGGGAGAGGAGGAAUAGACUCUUUUAAGAGUAUUAUGGACCUGAGGAGGACUCAACAUAGCAACUAUGGAAACAAAGCUGCCUCUAGCAACAACAGCAACUAUCACCAUGGCAAUGUGGCUGCUACUGCCACAGCGGCGAUGUCGACAGAGCCGGUACAGACUCAGUUCCUGUCUCACCUGUCCUCCUCUCACCCCCAGGCCCCCCUGCCCCUCCCUCCCCCCCUGCCCCUCCCGCCCACCCUGCCCGACACAGACUCGGUUCUAGAGGCAGCUGUGAACAGCAUUCUAGAAUGUUAG